AAUGACGUCGACAGUUGUCAAAACAGUCAAAGCAGUGGCGAGUGCAAAUAAUCAAAUAACUGCCAACGUAUACAUUUCUCCGAAACGUACAACGAACGUAAUAAUCUCGAUAUCGAUCAGCAACGUGUGUGCAUCACGAGACUGAAGUUGGAUGCGGCGCUCCGGCCGCACAAAUCGAAUUAGCACCGACGUAACCUCAACCAGCCCGCUGGAAGCGCGUCGCACCGCUGCGGUGGAGCGUGUUAUGCAGCGCACAUAUGAUCAUCUUGCGUGGACAAACCGGGCCAGGCCGCGACUCCACGGCCGAUAAUCAUGCGGAUGGUGAUAGGACGUCGAUCAGUCACAGCCGUCCCGCCGCCCUCUGCUCCAGACCCACUGAGCUGGAUGAGCUGCAAUCCUAUGAGCUCCUCUACAAGAAAAUGAUGAAUCUGUUCAAGGAGAUCCUCUUGAUGUUCCUGGUGUGCAUUGUCUACACAGUGCUCACACAUGAUUUUAGCCCUCCUAAGGUGACAAAAAGCCCUGCAGCAUUUCCCUUCUUCAAAAAAGGUUCAAUUGUUAGUGAUUGGUACAGGGGGGAGGUUUCAUCAGCAGUUGGCAGUGCUGGUAUGUCAGAUAUUGGGUUUGUUAUGUUUUAUGCUCCCUGGGAUGCUGAGAGUCAGGAAGUCAGGCAAGAAUUUGAGACUGCUGCUGAGUUUUUGCAAGGACACAUUGAGUUCAGUGCUGUCAACUGUUGGCAGCCUGGUAGUGAAUGUAGAAGAAAAUAUAAUAAGGUAUUUAAAUGGCCAGUUCUUUUGGCCUACACAUCUGAUGGUAGAGCAAUUCAAUAUAAUGGGCCAAAGAAUGCUGUGCAUAUGAUAAAAUUCCUAACUAAUGUUAUCAAUCCAUAUCGAAGGGUAAAUUUGACUGAUGAAAUUAUGGACAUGAUGGUGGAGCAUGAUGCUGUGAUAUUAGCAACAGUUGACUGCCGACCAAAUAGUAAGUCAUUUGCGGCUGCCUACAACGUUGCUUUAAAACUUCUAGAAAAAGACCCUCUCCGCGAACUCGGCUUUGCCAUAAGCACCGCGCCCCCAAACGAAAUCCCAACGUUAAAACUCUAUUUAUGGAAUGAGACUUUGAUUUACCCCGCAGAUAACGUGUUCCGAACACGCAGUAUGACACACUGGCUUUCUAACCACAUGCAUCAGGUGACAAUGUGGCUGGCACCAAGCGGCAGUAAGAGCCAACAUCUCUCCUCUUUCAUGCAAGGACCAACCAUGAUUUUAUUCACGCCGCAGAAUCCAUUGAUGAAUCAAAUGGACUAUUAUAUUGCGCUGAAACAAGCGGCAUUGGAAUAUUUCUCUUGUAAUGAUACAAUACCGUCCCCGCCAGCUGCGAAAAUCCACUCACAUCGAUUAAAUCUCCGCAAAAUAUACUCAGAAACCCAAUCGCGCUGCAACUUCAACCAAAAACUCCACCUGCAUCAACCGACAAUAUCGUACACGCCAAAUUUGUUCUUCAACAGUACAAACGUGGUCGACUGCAAGUCGAAACAAUCUCAGUCUUCACAGUGUGAAGCCAACCUGCCAAAUCAAUGUCUAAAGUAUUGCCAUGUCAAUUCACAAUCUCACACGCAAUCAAAACCAGCCUGCCAGCAGGAACUCAAUCAAUACGUUACUUCUUUGCAUUCCGUUGAGCGUGACCGCUACACAACCAAAAACCUCCUGCGCUUGCAGGAGGAGUUGCAAUGCUCUCUGGCACACUUCCGCAAACUGUAUCAUCCGGCGUUCUUUACAAGUCCGAACGCUGACAGCACAAGUAUUGAAGGCCUAGCAUGCGCUAGCAAUGGUUCUUUGACUAUGUUAGCGAUGGAUAGUUUAAUGUAUCAUCAUUUCGCCGAGAGUCUCGGCGUGGAUGUGCUCAAUGCAAAGCGAAAAACAGCGCUGGUGAUUGUCAACCCGAAGGAUGAGAUGCACGCGAUAAUGGAAGGCGACUUCAAUGACAAAAAUCUACGAGAGUUUGUGUUGAAUUUCACAACCAAUAAUUUACCUCGUGCGCAAGUCGACAGCGCGCAGACAUUUAAGCAUACGCAUAGAUACACACAUUCAGUGUGUCGUCCCGGAGAUGUGUGCAUUCCGGAUUUGACUUCGGUGAAUUUUAUGCCAACUAUAAUGAAUCCGUCAAAGGUUGUUAUAGUGUUGUAUCAUUCACUGCAAUGCGCAUUCUGCAGUGGAGUGUCUUAUAUCUUCCUGGAAACAGCACGUAUUCUCGCAAAUGUGUCGAGUAUUCAAUUCGUACGCAUCGAUGGAGAUCGCAACACUUUACCGUGGGAGUACACAAUGGAAAAAUAUCCGUCGAUUCUACUGUUUCCGGCCUUGCAUAAAUCUGAGAGUAGAGCGUAUCCAGAAUCAAUGCCUGUAACAUUAUCAAACCUCAUUAGCUUUAUUCUUGCAAAUUUGGAUGCGUCCAUUAAAUUGCAAGCAAUGUGGGAAAUUUGCUACUAUUCUAAUCACGAAAUCGAUAGAUCACACUGCGUGUCAAUCGUGCGUCGAGAAAACUUAGCGCAUAUUGAAAGCACUUUGCGAGAAUGGCGCAUGGCGCCACCUAGACACCGCCAGCGUGUGUUGCGUAAGUUACAAUUGCUUAAGACAAUUCACAUGAACCUCGCUGUGGAGACGAGUGCAUUGUCACGUCUGCAGCAGGUGCGUGGUAAGUUAGAUAUGCUCAGCCGGACGUCGCUGCGCGGCGUCUUGAUUAAGUUCAUUGGUGGACAGUUUCGUUCCUGGCGCGACGAUCUCUGACAAUUACUGUUACAUACGUUCGCGUUGUUAUUGUUGGAAAUGGGCAUGCUGCAGAAGUGGGAGAUCAUUUUCAUGUUCACUCAUUAAUAUCCGCAUCAUCACCGCAUCCGUGUAUCAAGUAAAUGUCAGACUAGCUCGCUCCAUGCUCGACUAAUAUCACUUCCAACUGACAAGUCUCACAAGAAUCUUCAAUACUCGUUGAUAUUCAGUCAAUGUUUCUUUUCGCCUUGAAAGUGAUAUUGCUAGAGAGAUUGUUGAUUUUUUUUUGUUUAUUUGACCAUUUAAAAUGUCAUAAUUAGUGAAUCCAACUUAUUUUUAUUUACUCCGCGUUUUGGGAUGGCUAAUCCCGUCGAGUGCGUGUAAUUAAAAUGUUAAAACUGUGAUACUGAUGAGAUAAGCAUAUUAGUAUAGAGCUAAUUAAAUUAUUUAACAUUGUAGGUCGCAUAUAAUGUUGUAUAGAAUGUUAACUUGGUCAUGUGGAUAAAAAAAUAUAUCAUGAAAUAAA